UUGUACGUAUUUCCUUUUCCGGUCUAUUCCACCAUCCGGCAGGAAUCAUGGCUUCCUUCGAGCAGAUGAGAGCAAAUGUGUGCAAAUUACUGCGAGGGAUCGACAGGUAUAAUCCUGAAAACCUCGCUACUCUAGAACGAUACGUAGAGACGCAAGCAAAGGAAAAUGCAUAUGAUCUGGAGGCCAAUCUAGCUGUGCUAAAACUCUAUCAGUUCAAUCCAGCUUUCUUCCAGACCAAUGUCACCGCUCAGAUCCUCCUGAAAGCUUUGACUAACCUCCCACACACAGACUUCACUCUCUGCAAGUGUAUGAUCGACCAGGCUCACCAAGAAGAACGGCCGAUCAGACAGAUUCUCUAUUUGGGGGACCUCCUGGAAACCUGUCAUUUUCAGUCAUUCUGGCAAGCUCUCGAUGAGAAUUUAGAUCUCUUGGACGGUAUUGCAGGUUUUGAGGAUUCGGUCAGAAAAUUUAUUUGCCAUGUAGUUGGAAUCACCUAUCAGCAUAUUGAGCGCUGGCUCCUGGCCGAGAUGCUUGGAGACCUGUCCGAGCCUCAGCUCAGAGUCUGGAUGAGCAAAUACGGAUGGGCAGAAGGGGAUAAUGGAAAGAUCUUUAUCUGUAAUCAGGAGGAGAACAUCAAACCCAAGAACAUCGUGGAGAAGAUUGAUUUUGACAGUGUUUCUGGAAUAAUGGCGACUUCGCAAUGACACUUUUCCUGAAGAAAUUGAGUUUAUUUUAUAUAUUGCCGGAAUGUCUGGUCUCUGUAAUAAAUGCUGUAAAGUGA